AUGAUUCUAACGCGCAAGCAGCGUGAGAGAUCUCGCUCCCCUCGUCGUCGCUCCAGAAGUCCCGGCAGACAAGGACGUCGCCGAUCUUACUCCCCGCGAAGCAGAUCCAACAGUCGAGAAGACUAUCGACGAGGUCGCGAUCGCUCCCCGAUGGCCGGCACAGGAACUCCCGGCGGCGGCCCUCCCGCUGGCUUCAGCGGCGGUCAAGGCCCUCAGCGCUCAUUCGAAGACAGAGCUGCCGCCCGCGAGCAGAUGAUGUCCAACGUGCGCGAUUCAUCCCAACAAGAUCGCCGAGUCUACGUUGGCAAUCUCUCGUACGACGUCAAGUGGCAUCAUCUUAAGGAUUUUAUGAGACAGGCUGGAGAUGUUCUCUUUGCCGAUGUAUUGCUGCUUCCUAAUGGAAUGUCGAAGGGAUGCGGAAUUGUGGAAUAUGCUACCAGAGAACAAGCCCAGCAGGCUGUUACCCAGCUCAGCAACCAGAAUCUCAUGGGUCGUCUUGUAUACGUCCGCGAGGAUCGCGAAGCGGAGCCACGUUUCAUCGGAUCUGGCGGCAGCAACCGUGGUGGCUUUGGUGGCAAUAUCCAUGGCGGUUUCAAUCCGGCGUUCAAUGGCCAUCAUGGUGGUCCCGGCGGCCCCGGCGCCCCUGGCGGCGGUCGUCAAAUUUAUGUUGCCAACCUCCCUUUCAAUGUUGGCUGGCAAGAUCUCAAGGAUCUUUUCAGACAAGCAGCCCGCAAUGGUGGUGUCAUCCGAGCGGAUGUGCACUCUGGUCCUGACGGCCGACCCAAGGGAUCCGGCAUCGUUGUGUUCGAAAGCCCUGAUGACGCUCGCAGCGCUAUCCAACAAUUCAAUGGCUAUGACUGGCAGGGACGCACCAUUGAAGUCCGCGAGGAUCGCUUUGCUGGCGCUGGAAGUGUGGGCUUCGGCGGCCGCGGCGGCUAUGGUGGCGGAAUGCGUGGCGGCUAUGGUGGAGGAUUCGGCGCUCGCGGAGGAUUUGGAGGCCGCGGAGGAUUCGGAGGCGGCUUUGGUGGCCGUAGCGGCUUCGGCGGAGGACCUGGUGCUGGCAGCUUUGAUGGCCCGCCUUCAACCCCCGCAGCGCCCAAUCCGUUCACUGACAAUGCUACCUCCGGGACUGAACGCAGUGAGAUCAUUUACGUUCGCAACCUACCAUGGUCGACUAGCAACGACGACUUGAUCGAGCUGUUCACUACCAUAGGCAAGGUCGAACAGGCUGAAAUCCAGUAUGAGCCCAGUGGCCGCUCGCGUGGCAGUGGCGUGGUCAAAUUCGACACUGCCGAAACUGCUGAGACUGCCAUCUCCAAGUUUCAAGGAUACCAAUAUGGUGGACGCCCCCUCAACAUUAGCUUUGUCAAAUACGUCAAUCAGCCCAGCGGCGAACCUAUGGAAGCGGAUCCUCACGCCGGUCUUACUCAAGACCAGAUGAUGUAA